AUGCUUUCCAUCAUCCUACAGAUCACCGCCUUCGCGGCUGGCGUUGCUGCUCUGCCUCAGCCGACAUCCGUUCCAAAUAUUGCCACACCAGCCCGCGCUGUAACCACCCCAGCACCUGCUGCCGAGCUCGAGGCCCGUCAAGCCUCCACUAACCCUUUCGCCGGCUACUCGUUUUAUGCAAACCCGUACUACUCCUCGGAAGUGCACAGCCUCGCGAUCCCUUCUCUGCCCGCCUCUUUGAAGCCCGCCGCCUCCGCCGUGGCCAACGUAGGCUCGUUCGUAUGGCUUGACACUCGCGCCAAGGUACCGACACUGGACACCUAUCUCGCCGACAUCAAGGCGAAGAAUGCCGCGGGCGCGAAGCUAAUGGCCACAUUUGUUGUGUACAACUUGCCUGAUCGCGAUUGUGCGGCCCUCGCAUCAAAUGGCGAACUGAAGAUCGACGAGGACGGUGCCAACAAGUACAAAGUCGAAUAUAUCGACAAGAUCGUGACUAUCCUUAAAAAGUAUCCUGACGUGAAGGUCAAUCUUGCUAUUGCAGAGCCUGACUCCCUCGCUAACAUGGUCACCAACAUGGGCGUGCAGAAAUGCUCUCGUGCUGCGCCUUACUACAAGGAUCUUACCGCUUACGCGCUCCGCAGCCUCAACCUGGCUAACGUUGACAUGUACCUCGAUGGUGGCCACGCUGGAUGGCUCGGCUGGGGCGCUAACAUUGGCCCUGCGGCGCAGUUAUUUGCUGAGGUGUACAAGGCUGCUGGAUCUCCUCGCGCCGUCCGCGGUAUUGUGACCAACGUCUCGAAUUACAAUGCCUUCAGACACAACACCUGCCCGGCUAUCACCAGUCCUAACGCUAACUGCGAUGAGGAACGCUUCAUCACAGCCUUUGCUCCCCUUCUCCAGCAGCAAGGCUUUCCCGCACGCUUCAUUGUCGAUGUUGGACGCAGUGGCAAGCAGCCUACUGGUCAGCAGGAGUGGGGCGAUUGGUGCAAUGUCCAGGGUGCUGGUUUCGGUCCUCGUCCUACAACUAACACUGGUAACUCGCUUGUUGAUGCAUUCGUCUGGGUCAAGCCCGGCGGCGAGUCUGAUGGUACCUCGGACACAUCUGCUUCCCGCUACGACGCUGCAUGUGGCCGCGCUUCUGCCUUCAAGCCAGCACCUGAGGCUGGCGCCUGGUUUAACGCGUAUUUUGAGAUGCUCCUCAAGAAUGCUAACCCUGCUCUUGCUUAG